CACAGAGAGAGAGUUAAACACGGGAAAAGGGUGGGAAGAAAUAUCAAACUGCGAAUUAUGGGAGUUGAAAUUCGAGGAGGCAGCAAUCAUGAGAGUGCACCGGUGGUACUUGGACUUCAACCGUUUGCGUUAGUAGACCAUAUUGCUAAGGUUGAUUGGUCUCUUCUCUCCCACAUUCGCGGCGAACGUGGUGGCUCUUUCCCUGUUGCAGUUGGAGAGUUGAAGCAUAUACUCGACGAGCUUAACGCACAUAGCCUUCCUUCUACUGACAAUGAAUCUCUAUUGAAGACCAUAGCUGGAGGUAGUGUUGCAAAUACAAUUAGAGGUUUGGCUGCUGGCUUUGGGAUUAGUUGUGGGAUUAUUGGGGCAUGUGGCAAUGAUGAAGAAGGUGAACUAUUUAUGAGCAACAUGGGUUUUUACAAAGUGGAUAUCUCAAGAUUGAGAUUGAAGAAUGGAACUACAGCUCAGUGUGUUUGUCUGGUUGACGAAGAUGGCAAUCGUACCAUGCGUCCCUGUCUGUCUGGCUCUGUGAAAGUUCAGGCAGAUGAACUGAAAAGAGAGGACUUCAAAGGUUCCAAGUGGUUGGUACUGAGAUAUGCCAUACUGAAUGUAGAAGUUAUUAAGGCGGCCAUCAAAAUAGCAAAGGAAGAAGGCCUUUUUGUUUCGCUAGAUCUAGCUAGCUUUGAGAUGGUGAGGAAGUUUAAAUCACCUCUGAUUGAAUUAUUGGAGUCUGGAAACAUAGACCUUUGCUUUGCAAAUGAGGAUGAAGCAACUGAGCUGCUAAGUGGUGAAGACAAUGCAAAUCCUGAGGCAGCACUUGAAUUUCUGGCUAAACAUUGCAAGUGGGCUGUUGUAACCUUAGCCCAAAAAGGAUGCAUUGCCAAACAUGAGAAAGAGUUUGUCCGUGUUCCAGCAAUUGGCGAGGCAAAAGUAACUGAUGCUACAGGUGCAGGAGAUCUGUUUGCAUGUGGGUUUUUGUAUGGAUUGGUAAAGGGACUGUCACUGGAGGAAUGUUGCCUUGUGGGUUCUUGCAGCGGUGGGUCUGUGAUUCGAUCUCUUGGGGGUGAAGUAACCCCUGAAAACUGGCUAUGGAUGUACAAACAAAUGCAGACCAACGGUCUCUCCAUUCCGGAGCCAAGCAAAUCCUCUGUUGUGAGUCUUGUGACAUAGAAGCGUUAUUUUGUUCCGUUGUCAAGAGGUUUCUUCUACCUAUCAGCUGAAAUCCUCCUAAUUCUACUACCCUACCCCCCUCCCCCCAAACUCAAGAAAAAAAAAAGACCGAGGGAAGAAAAAAGGGAGAAAAACGAGCAGCGCUGUGUUUUUUAAGUGCCUACUCCUGCUAUUUGACUUCUCGUGAAGAAAUGUUGAACCGUAGAGUUGAUAUUGUUUAAUCUGGAUCUCCAUCUUAAUUCAGGUGUCAAGAUUCAGUUUUAUAUUCAAUGCGUUGAAACUUUGCCAUACUGCAGAUAAUCAAAGCUGUUACCCCUUGUUCCCGCUUUUUGAUUUGUAACUCUUAAUUGAACCUUGUUUCACA